ACUGAGAAGUGUCAAGUCAAGACUGUCAAGUGACAACUCGAGUAUAAUCAAGGUUAGGAGACCUUCAAAAAUUCAAAUUGAGAAUAUUUUCCUGUGCAAAUCUUUCAAGACCGAAAAAUGGCCCUUAUACAUUCUGGAUGUAAAAAUUUCUUAAGACUUACACCUGUUUUGCAGAGGACGACUGCUGCUAUUUCCAGUACAUGUAUAAAUUACAGUUCCAAAGAUGCUAAACCUAUUAAAAAAGAUCAUGCUCUCCUUAUGCCAGAAGAACUAGAACAAAGGAAUAAAUUGAAAGGUUACAUAACAGUUGAAGAAAAAACAGAUAUUUCCCCCAUAACUGGAGUUCCACCAGAGCAUGUCAAGGAAAGAUGUGUCCGUAUAUAUAUGCCUCCAAAGAAUGCAAUGCAAAGUGGGACCAAUAAUUUGGGUCAUUGGGAAAUUGAUUUUGACAACAGAGAAAGAUGGGAGAAUCCUCUUAUGGGGUGGUGCUCUACUGGGGAUCCAUUGUCUAACAUGAAAGUUCAGUUUGGAAGUCCAGAAGAAGCCAUUGAGCAUUGCGAGAAAAAUGGAUGGCAGUGGUACAUCCAAGAGAGCAAACUUGAAAAGCCAGUAAAACCUAAAUCUUAUGGUAUCAACUUUUCAUGGAAUAAACGUACCAGAGCUUCAACAAAGUAAGGAUGUCAAUUUAAUUGAAAAUAAUUUUUACAUUGAAAUUAUCAACCUCAUAUUAUGUAAUAUGAGAGGCAAAUAACAUCAUAUGUAUAACUGAAUUAAAAAUAAAUAGUAACAUCAAUC